AAGACUAGCCCACCCAUUAUUUUGGCUCUCCAGACUACACUCACCUACUUAUCCCCAUUUCACACGGCAAACCCUAACCUACCAUAUCCCCCUCGUCCUCCUCGUCCUCUCCCUCCUCCCGCCGCCAUCACCCUAAACAAGCCCCAGUAUUCCUACCCCUUCCCCAUCGCUCUUCCUACUGUUGCUUUCGGGAAAAAACAAGAUGGAGAACACAAAGCGUAGAUAAAUCAAAGGUUCCCCAAGAGUCGAGCUACUGCGUUCAUUGUGUUCUUUGGUAAUAUCGCAAUUGUUGUUCUCAGAGAGGAGAAUAAGGGUUUCAUCGAGGAAUAGUUCAUAGCCAUCAAAAAGUAAAGAUGACGUCGCAACAGGCUGUGAGCCUUUAUGAGCCCGUGGCGAAACGGACCCGCGCCGCUAUGAAAUGGCGAGACUGGAAGAACCUGCCGACCGAUCUGGUCAUGGACAUCGCCGACCGACUGCUCACCUUGGACGUCGCCGAGUACCUCCGCUUCCGAGCUGCGUGCAAGCCCUGGCGUGACUGCACCGACAACCCCCGCGCGAGCGAUGGAAUGGACGCCCGCUUCCGCCCGCGCGACUGGAUCGUGCUCUACCGCUGCGGCCACCCGUCGGGCCGCACCCUCGUGAACGUGGCCACUGGUGCCCGCGCCAACGUCGACUUCCCCGAGCUCGCCACCAACCACCAACUAGGCACUGCCGACGGUCUCCUCGUCCUCCUCCACGAGGGCGGCAACGACGUCAGUGUCCUCAACCCGCUCACCGGCGCGCUCAUCCGGUUCCCGCCCCUCACCGUCGACCCGGCCGACCACCCCUCAUGCUUACCGACGCGCUUGCUCCGGGUGGACCCAAGAGUGAUCACCGGCGCGGGCAUCGACGACUCAACGUCCCCGUGCACGCUCAUGCUCUGCCUCCGACCGGGGGCGUAUCCGAUCGUCUGCGCCAAGCCCGGAGACGAAAACUGGGCGUACGCGCGCGUCGCCAAGCAGGGCAUCGCCCACAUGGUAUCACUAGUCCAGUCGCCGGUGACCUUGGGAGGGCGUUGCUACUUCACGACGGUGUCCGGCAGGAUAAUGUCGCUGGAUCUGAGCUCGGGGUCUCGAUGGCCUCUCAUGAAUUUCUUCCUCGACGAGGACCCGCCGGUGACCGCACAAACCACCUCCUUCCUCGUCCGGUCCCAGGACAGGAUGAUGAUGGUGCGCUACAUGUUCGGUGCCAACCUGAUUCGGGGAGGUGGCUACAACGCGACAGAGAUAUUCAUGUGGCGCGGACGCCAAGCCCGCGUGGAGGUGUUUGAGGUGGACAUGGCGAGGAGACGGCUAGUCCCCCAGAGCGGGGUCGGCAACGACCAUGCAGCCUUCCUCGCGGGGGCUGGCUCUGUCAUGGUGUCCACAAAGAAGUUCCCUAAGAUCGCCGCCAAUUCGGUAUACCUCAACUAUUAUCUGCAACAGCUUGGUCAUUUCCGUGCCUACCGCUUCCAGGAUCGGACGACUACGCAGCCUAGAGCCCGCAAAGGUCGAAAUCGCGAGCUUGAUCUUUGUGCUUGCCACUGGGAGCUGGAAGAUUAUCUGAUCCUCAACGUGGCGAACAGUGGUCGUUGAUUCUGGACCUGUUGCAUUUACAUACUUCUUAAUAGUUCGAAUGUUUCCAUAAUGUUCAAUCCUGUAAUGGAUGUCGUUGUAUUGAUCGAUCUGUCAACAACUUUUCACAAAUACUAGUAUUCUAUUUCUUUAUCCCAUUUACAGACCCGGAUGAUCAAACCAUAUGUUACAAUUAAAUUCUGAACUUAUUGUACUUCUCUA